AUGACCGAUCCACAGGUCCCCAUCACCCUUCCGGGCCCCGCAAAACCCAGCCCUUCGCCUUUGGCCUGCCUCCUGUGUCGCCACAAGCACCUCAAAUGCGACGGUCAAACCCCUAUCUGCGGGCGCUGUGCCCUCAGCGGCUCCGAAUGUCUGUAUACCAAGUCGCGUCGAGGCUACAAGGGCCCAUCGAAGAAGCGCCGCGCCGAUCCGGACUCGCCAGUCCAGACGCCCCUCGACCCAACCGCAACGGACUUCAUUGAUAUUUGGAACCCCCAAAACGACUUGGCCUAUGCGCCGGCCAGCAUCCCACUGCCGUCGUCCGGUUCGAACAGUCCGGGCAUCAACGAUUUGUCGACGCCGAUUCCGCCCUCCGUUCGAUCGACGAAUGCGCCGUUGACCCCAGACUCUUCCUCAUUUCUUGGCGGCGAUGGCUAUUUGCUUGAUAUCUACUACACCUACUUCCAUGCGGCACAUCCGAUCCUACCGCCACUCCGACACCUGUAUCGCUCUUAUUUUCCGCCAUUCCUUGAGCAGGUCAUGAAAUUCAUCGGGGCCCAUUUCACUCCGGCCGCCAACAGUGAUACCUACCGGCCUACCGUUGUCGUGGCGGUUCAGGAACAGCCGACGACGGUGGAGAAGGUUCAGGCGCUGUUGUUGCUCGCAAUUGUGCUGCACUCGCGCAAUGAGCGCGGCGAGGCCGGCGAGUGCUUGGCCGCCGCGGUGAGUCUGGCUUUUGAGCUUGGCCUGCACCAGGCCCACUACGCCGUGACGGCCAGCGGUGGCGACCCGAUCCGCGCGGAGUGCCUUCGACGUACUUGGUGGGAAUUGUUCAUCAUUGAGGGAAUGCUGACUGCACUUGGAGUGCAGCGUAUAUACCGCACGAGCUUGGUGCCGCUCGAGGUGCCCCUGCCGUGCGAAGAGCGACUGUCUCACCCCCCUGUACCCCCAACCAUUGCUCAGUUUGAUGAGCGUGUUUUCGCCGAUGAGGAUCGUGAUUUCUCUUCAUACUGCUAUCGCAUUGAAGCGGUGCGGAUUCUUGGUCGUGUGGUGGCUCUCCAGGAUAUGCCGGAGGGCCAGCAAGAUCACGUCGAGGCUAUUGAUGCGCGCAUUGCCAGUUGGUUUCAUCACCUCCCCGAGUCAAAGGAGGAGCUCGUCCGUCCAGACGGGACCGUGGAUGAGGUCAUGUUCCAGGCGUGUAUGAUGGUCAACGGCGCCGCCAUCUACCUCAAUUUCCCACGAUCCGACCUUCUUUCCUCUCCGGCGGUUGCCGCAGAGGUGAUCUGUGGACACCACGGCCCUAUCAGCAUGCCAGCUUUCUCCCACCACGCCCACGCCAUGAAAGCAGUCAAGGCCGCUAGCGAGCUGUCUUCUCUCGCAGCCAUCCGCCUACCGGUGGUGAAGCACACCCCAUUUUUCAUCUGUGCGCUGACACUCAGCUCCAUUGUCCAGCUGGCCGCUUGCUCAGUCAAGGCCGGACAGAUGCCCGACCCUAGCCGCGACCGUCUCACGCUGACCAUCGGUGUUUUCAAAUCCCUGGCCCGUACUUGGGCGAUUUCUCAGUCGAUCAUGCGGCAGAUCAAAGCCGUUGCGCGAGAUGUCAUGGAUAUGGGGCUCCGUCCGACCAUGGACUCAUUGGAUCUGUCUUCCAUGCUUGAUACUAACCGCUUCUGGGCGCAAGAUCCCCCGAAUUGA